AUGGAGUGGUCCUUCAGCCCGGACGACAACCUCGGCCCCCCCGGCGACUCCCGGCGGCGCUUCACGCUCCCGAUGGACUUGAUAUUCGGCAAGGUUUGCGCCCUCCUCAACAAGCUGUCGGGCAAGGUUCAGGUCGCCCCCGCGGUUAAGAACGCCGCUUCCAAGAACGCCUCCUCCGCUGGCGCUCAAAAGAAAUCGGUGGGCACGGCGGGGGCGGCGACCGACGAGGGUGUCGACGGCAGCGAGCGCAAGAGCGUAAUCAGGGACACGCUGCAGGAGUCGCUGUCGCGGCACAAGCGGCUCGCUUUCCGGCUGGUGCUGUCGUGCAUGGCGCCGGUGCUCGCGGGGGGAGUCUCGCUGCCGGCCAUCACGGAGGAGGAGAUCGUGGCCGCGGAGAAGAAGUGCCGCAUGGAGGAGGGCGGGGCGGACAUGCUGGAUCGCCCGCCCGAGAGCUUCCGGGAGGCCGUGCUGCCGGCGCACCUGCGGUACAAGGCCCAGUUCGAGUAUAAGGCCCGCAUGAUGUCCAAGGGCAUCGCCGCCCUAAUCGUCUCAGCCUCGGACCCAGACCUUAAAGAGGCGGCCUCUCCCGUCUUGCACGGCAUCAUCCUGGACUGCAUCCGGUUCACCACCCCGCCGCCGCCCGCGCCCCAAGCCGCCGAACCCACCCCCCGCCGCCGCCUGCCCCGAGGCUUCUCGGACUUGGACAUCGGCCCGUACUCCGAGCCUGCGGCGGCGGCGGCGGCGGCGGCGGCAGCGGUGGACGCGCCAGCGGCCGUAGCGCCGGGGGUGGGCGCCGCCGACAUGGCCGCCAUGCAGGACCCUAAGGCCGACCUGGUGUUUUCGCCGCUGGAGGCGAUCGCGGAGCACCUGCGGGGGCGGCGGGUUACCAGCCCCUGCGAGAUCACGGACGCGAUCGUGGAUGGACUGAGUGACGUGCGGAAGGACGUGCAGGGGGUCGCUCUGGGGCUCAUCGAGUUCAUCGUGGAGCACUCGGGCGUGAAAGAUUCGCCGGCGGUCGAGGGAGGGGACGCUUCUUCUUCGCCCCCGGGGAGGCCUUCUUGGCAGGGGAGGGUGCUGGUGCACAGCCUGUUCGAGAGCCUUUGCCAGGGCUGCUUCGAGAAGCAGUGGAGGCGCAAGAUCAGCGCUUGUCGAGGCAUCCGGAAGGCGUGCGCCGUGAUGAACUGGCAGACUGCUCGCGUCUUCGAGUUCAAGCUCAUGCAGGCCUUGCUCUUCGUGAUCAAAGACCACCCGCGAGAGGUCUCCAUCGUCACCUCCGAGGACGCCCAGUCGGCCCUGUAUGCGCUCCUCACUACCCGCUACGGCAUCGCCCAGCCGGGGGCGGCGGCGGCGGCGGCGGCGGCGGCGGCGGCGGUGGCGACGCCGCCCACCGCCGCGCGGAGCGGUGCCAGCAGUGCGACAGCGGGCACUGACGCUGCUGCUGCUGCUGCUGCUGCUGCUGCUGCUGCUGCUGCUGCUGCUGCUGCUGCUGGGACCCAAGCGGCGCCCGCGGCGGCGGCGGUGGGGAGUUCAGCGGCGGCGGUGGCGCCAGUGGCGCCAGUGGGAGCGGCGGCGGCAGCUCCUGUGGCCUCUCCGGCGACGGCUGCCAACGGCAGCGUGGCCAACGGCACCGCCGGUGGUCAGGUGGCGUCUGCUGGUGGUACUUCCGGGGCACCCGGCGGUGGCAGCAGCGGCGGCGGCUCCACCGCGAUGGAGGUGGACACGCCCAGCCCUGACUCGUCUGGCAACCGCGGCAAGCGGAGCUCUGGUCCCCCCGAGGUGGUGAUCGCGAGCCCGGUGGUGCACUUGCUGGCGACGGAGCUGUCCAACUACCGGCACACCGUGCGGUCGACGGCGAAGAGGGCGAUCGAGCUCAUGGCGGCGGCCAAGGGGUGUUCGACGACGGACAUACUGGCUCCCUGCCGGGAGGCCGUGGAGGGGCACAUCUUUUCGAAGCAGCUCCGGGCGGUGCAAGUGUGGUGCUUUGGGACGGCGGGGGUGGCUUCUCAGCAAGUGGGCAUGCUCGAGGCGCUGACGUACGGCCUGAUGCUCAAGCCGCAGCUGCUGACGGUAACUUCCAAGGUGAUGCAGAUCUUGGGGGAGGUGCUGGCCAUGACGGAGACUGACGACCUGGACCCCGGGCGAAACGCUAUCCCGGCUCUGUACAACUCCCUUCCCGGCUCGCGUUCCACGCACACGGGUUUCCCGUCGAAGACGGGGGUUCGGGACAUGCAGUCUCCCUCGGAGCUGCCGCACGUCGUGCAGCUGCGUGUGUCUGCGAUCCGGCUGAUGCAUAUCGUGAUGAUGACUAAGCCGGAGGCGUUCAUGGAGACGGACGUGCUCAAGGACGCCCGCACGCGGUGCAUCUCGCUGUUCUUCAAGAGCCUCACCAGCAGAGCCGAUCAGGUGGUAGACGCGGCCCAGGCGGCGCUCGUGCAAGUAAUCUUCACGAACCGGCAGUUCAAGGACAAGUCCGGCAUGCCGAAAGACCUGCUGCAGUCGUGCCUCCGCCCGGUGCUCAAGAACCUGACGCACAUCCAGAAACUCAGCCUGCCGCUGCUGCAGGGGCUGAGCCGCCUGCUGUACCUGCUGUCGAACUGGUUCAACGUGACCCUGGGCGACAAGUUGUUCGGAUACCUGCGGCAGUGGACCGAGCCGGAGAAGCUGCAGGGCUUGCCUGACCCGAAGGGAUGGAAGCCCGGAGAGGAACCCGACGUGGCGGCCGCCAUCAUGGGCCUCUUCCACCUCCUGCCGCACUCCCCGAAGUUCUUGGACCAGCUCGUCAAGCUCACGCUGCAACUGGAAGCGGUCCUGCACAGGUACGAUAACUACAGUCGGCCUAGCAACCCCUUCCUGGUCCCCCUGACCAAGUACCUCGACCGUUACGCGAAGGAAACCAUGGAGUACUUCUUGGACAGGGAGAAGCUAGGGAGGGCGCCCACUGCAGGGCUGCUGGUGAGACACUUUGUGACAAUCCUCGACAGCGCUCGGCGCAGCUCCGAGGCGGCGGAGGCUCGUCUGGUGAAGAUGGUGCAGGAGCACAACUCCCUGGUUCUGACCUUGGACGACCUCAAGAAGAGGAGGGACGCUGCCGUCGAGGUUUCCAGGCGUGCCCAAGCCCCGUAUCCGGCGGAAGGAGAGGCUGCUGCUGGCGCUGCCGCUCCCAACGCGGCUGCUGCUGCGGCAGUGGCAGCUCAGGCGGAGCAACGCGUGCAAGCGACAAGCGCUAAGCUGGCGUCGUUGACGAGAACUCUGGGAGUGGUCAAGGAGGCGGCCAGGCAGACGAAGCUCACGAUCGCCGCCCAGCAGAAGCGCAUUGCCGCCCAGCAGGCUACGGGUGUCCAGCAAGCUCCCGGCGGAGGCUUUCGCCUGGGGGGGGACGAAACCGUCCUCAUCCCUGCCCCCGGCGCGUACCCGACCUCCCUCAGCCGCGAGUCCGCGGAGUGCCUGCACCAGGGUCUGCGGGUGGUGUACGUGCUGGCCCAGCACAUGCCCAAGUAUCUAGAGGUGGCAAUGCUGCUGGACAUGGCGACGGUCUUCCUCUACCCCACCCCGGUGGACUUCACUUUCCUGAAGGAUUUCUACCGAUUCGAGGUGCCGGCCCUUACGGGGGUCUCCGAGAAGCGCGCCCUGUUCCGCGUUUUCCUGGAAACCCUGCGCGAUCCCAACCUCACGGGGGAGCACAAGGUCAAGUGCCUGUCUCUCGUCGUGAUUCCGGUCCUUACCACGACGCUUGAGGACCCGCACACCAACAACGCCGAGGUGGUGACGGACUCGCUGGUAAGUCGGCUGGUCCACGAAGGCUUUGGUGGCGAAGGGAACCAGAAGUACCCGGAGGGGUUGCGGGUGGAGCUGCUCAAGCUGGGAGCGCUGCUGAUCGAGUUCAUGCACAAGGAGCUGCUGGAUCACCGGAAGGAGCUCAUCAAGUUCGCCUGGAACAACAUCAAGGUGGAGGACAGCGGGAAGCACUGGGCCUACGUGAACGUGUGCCGUUUCAUCUGCGCGUACGACACGCCGCCCAAGAUCAUCCUACAGGUUUACGUUCAGCUGCUGCGGUGCAUCCAGCCGGAGGUGAAGGAGCUUGUCCACGCCGCGCUCGACAUCCUCGUGCCCGCGCUGCCCUUCAGGCUCACGACCGGGGAGUUCAUGAAGGCUAUCAAGUGGACCAAGAAGAUCAUGUACGAGGAGGGCCACGCCCUGCCGCAGCUUAUCCACAUGUGGCACAUGAUCGUCAGGCACCCGGCCCUCUUCUACAGCUGCCGCAGCCACUUUGUGGGGCAGAUGGUCAACUCGCUUAGCCGCCUGGGGCUGCCGCCCAACUGCCCACGAGAAAACCGUCAACUGGCGGUCAGCCUGGCCGACCUCAUGAUCAAGUGGGAGGCGCACGGCCGAGAGCUCACCCGGUUGCGCCGCGCCGCCACCGCCGCUGCUGCCGCCGCUGCUCCGCCGCCGGAAAAGGACCCGGCGGCCUCGAAGGGAACGAAACGGUCGCUAGAGACCGGCGCCGAGGGAACCGCCACCGCCGCAGCCGGAACAUUUACAACGGCAGCGGCGGCGGCGGCGGCGGCGGCGAUGGCGGCGACGGCGGCUGCGGCUGCCGGGCAACAGGAGCAAGGUCGAGAGAAGGUGAUGAAGACAGCGACAGGGGCUGCCCCCGGUGCGGGUGCCGGUGCCGGCGGCAUCGUGGGUUCCGCCGGGGCGGCGGAGGCAGCGACGGCGGCGGCGGCGGCGGAAGGGACGACGGACAGCUUUUCUCUGAGCAAGUCUUCGGUGGAGACGGUGGUGAACUUUGUGGUGCGGGUCGCCCUGUUCGCGAUGGCCAACCUCAAGGAUAGCGGCAUCACUCACCUCUCGAGGCGGUGCCUCGGCCUGCUGGAGAAGGCGCUCGAGCUCUGGCCUGACACCCCCAUCAAGUACUUCGAGAAGCUAGUGCACGUGAUGGUCGACAUCGACCCGCAAACCGCCUCCCAGUCUCAGCUACAGGCUACCAUGAAGGCCUUGCCUGGAGUGCUAGAGGCGUCCUUGGACAUUUUGAUAAUCUCCUUGGGGGCCGAGGAGUCGACCGCCGCCACCAACAUCUCCGGAGAUGCCACGGCCUCGCUUGCCACGGCCAGCACCACAUCCACCGCGAAGACCCCGGCCAGAGUCCCCAACAACUUGGUGCUCCAACACGUGGCCAAGUUUCAGCGCCUGCUGGGACCCUCCCUGCGUGCGGACACCCCCGGGAUACGGCAGCGCCUGCUCCGGCUGAUCCGGCGGCUCGCCGCGCUCUACGGCCCCGGGAAAGCCCCCAAGGAGUUCCAGGAGGCCAAGUUUUGGGACAACUUCCAGGGAUCCGUGGAGCGGAGGCUGAAGGCGGCACUCGGCGAGAAACCGCCGCCCCCGGCAAACCACCCGACAGCCUGGUACGGCAGCGCCGCGGCCUCGGUCUCAGCGACGGCGUCGGUGGCGGCGGCGGCGGCGGCCAACGGGGGCGCCGGCGUGGCCGGCGAGUACAACCGCAGCAAGGCGCUGUCCUCGGUGAAGAUUGUCGAGAGCGUUUCGGCGGCGUACCCGGCGUUCGCGGACUUCCAUGCCGCGAGCCUGAUGGACCUCGUGAGGAUGCUUUCGCGGCAGCACUUCCUGCAGGCCGGGGUGGUGGCGAGCACUCUGGCGGCGAGGUACGGCGGAAACGCUGCCGCCGUUGCGCUGCCGCCAGGGCUCGUGGGCAGCGACCCGAUGAGCCCCAGCUCGAGGCUGCUGCCGACGGCCAGCAUGGCGGUGCUCAACACGGCGGUGACGGUGGAGUUCGUGGUGGACGACGCCCCCCUCACGGAGCACGUCGAGGCCCUGGUGAUUUGCCUCAAGCUGCUGCGAGGCAUCACCGACCGUGCCCAGAUCCCAGACAAUAGGAAGGUGUUCCAGUCGCUUGCCGCGGCGUGCUUGAGCAUCCUCGACAAGUCGGACAACGUGGCGCUCUUGACCACCGUCAUGGGCUUCGUGAAGGACUGGCUUCUGAAGGAGCCUUCUCAACCCAACUCCCCGUCUCUGAGCGAUCAGGAACGAAAGAUGUUCGUGCAGCGCCUGGUGCGGCUGGACAGACUGUCGGAGGUGCACGUGCAGCCCGUCUUCAAGCUGCAGCUGGAGGUCAUCGACGCAUUGGUUAACGUCCCGGAGGGGAGUACCAUGCCCAAGUGGGUGCAGGCGGAGGCGCCCCGGCUGUUCAUGGCGGGCUUGCUUGCUGCCGAUCCCGUCCUUCGCAGGCGUUUCUCUCAACGCCUCGUGAAAGAGGCGGGGACCGCCGCCGCAGCGGCGGCGGCAGUAGCGGCAGCAAAAGCCGCGGCCGGUCAGGCGGGCGGGGCGGCGGCGGCGGCGGCGACGCCGGCGGUGCACGCCGUCACCGCCGGGAGCAGCGGCGCCUCCCCGAGCGCGGUUAUCAUGCACGUGCUCCGCCUGGACUGGGAGCCGUUGCAGCUGAGGUUUUGGCCGGCGGCGGUGGCGGAUGCGCUUCUGGGUCUCGUCGACGGGGGGAGGGCCUUCAGCCUCGAGGAUGACGAGUGCAUGCGACCGUUCGUGGGUGCGGCGACCGGUGGCGUAGUGGGAUCGCCCCCCGUCUCCCUCCAGGGGGCGACCUCCGAUGAACGAGACUGCCUCGCCGCCUACGCGUCCGCGCUGUCAAAAGCCGUGGGGGGGGCCGGAGAGGUAGUGGACCCUCUGCGGGGCCUCCUGCACGCAGACGUUACCAUCGCCGACGAUGUGUGGGCGCGGACCCUCAAGCUGGCGUGGGCUACGUUCAGCGACCGGCGGAGGGCAGAGUUCGCCGGGGUGGCGGGGUCGCUGCUGGCCAAGCCGUGGCAUACCAAGGCCAUGAACCUGCCCCCUCUCAUGCAGGGGUCUCACAGCGUUAACGUGAUCCAGAGCUUGCUGGGGGCGAUCCUAGCUCUAAGGCCUCUGCCCCCGCUCCCCGUUGAUCUUCUGGGGGCACUCGCCGUCGGCUUUAACGCUUGGCACACCGUCAUCCCCGCGAUAGAACACCAGGUGAUGAACGCCUCUGUGGAGGAGAGACCCCAGUGGAUACGCAUCCUAGCGUUCCUUUACAAGCACCUUGGGGAGGACGACGUCUGCAGCGCGCUCCGGAGACGCUUCGCGGUGUGCCCAGAAACCAAGGUGGCGUUGUCGCUGGAAACGUACGGAUUAACGGUCGAGGCGCAGCAUCUGUACCUAGACCUGAUAUCGAGGGAGCAGAGCGGCGCAGGCACGGCGCACGUGAGCCAGGAUGAGCUAGAGACAUGGGAGGAGAGAUGGAUCGAUUGCACGAGGCAGCUGUCGCAGUGGAGCGUGUUGGUGGACUUUUCGUCUACGCUGCAGUACCCGGAGUUGAUGAUGGAGUCAGCGUGGAAGGCACGCGCGUGGGACGUGGUCCGUGCCAACAUGGACAGUCCGACGGUGGCGGCGGCGACGGAGGGUGGCUCGCCGUUCUACAAGAUCUACGAAAUAUACUUGUCAAUCGUGGACAACAAGGUGCAGGGGAUGGAGCGGCUGUGCAUGUCUUGCGUGCAGCUGGCGCUCCACCGGUGGCAGCUCUUGCCGAGGGUGCACACGGGAUGCGGCGCGCACAAGCCGCUGCUUCACCUGUUCCACCAGGCAAUAGGAAUGGUUGAGCUGAGAGAAACGGGCAACAUCAUGGCCGACAUGGCAAGGAUGAUGAUGUCGACCGGCGCCAACGGCCAGAAGCUGAAUGGGGGCGCCCUGAUCAACGCGGGCCAGAAAAAGCCCCCCGAGCUGAAGGCGACGCUGUACACGUGGCGGGAGCGGCUGCCGAACAAGUGGGACGCUCUGAAGGACUGGGACGACAUCUUCUGCUGGAGGACCGAGGUGUUCCGCAUCAUCACCUCCAACUUUGCGGACGUGGACCCCGGGCUGCUGGCGAGUCUCCAUGACACCCCCUGGACCAUGAUCAAGCUGGCGCACACGGCGAGGAAGCAGGGGCUCACGGAAGUGUGCCUCAACUCGCUCGGGAAACUUUACUCGGUGGCGACGAUGGACGUACAGGAUGCCUUCAACAAGCUCCGCGAGCAGAUCAUCAUCUGCCACAAGCAACCUCGUGAACACCGAGGCGGUCUGAACAUGAUCAACAACACUAACCUUGAGUUCUUCAAUUCGAAGCAAAAGGCCGAGCUUUUCCGGCUAAAGGGGGUGUUCUUGACGAGCCUGGGGGCCAAGCAGGAGGCAAACAACGCUUACAGCCACGCUGUUCAGAUCUCCGGAGACUUCGCGAAGGGCUGGUACUCCUGGGCCCGGUACUGCGAUGGAAUCUUCGCCGAGCAGACCAAGGUCCACUGCGCGGUGCAGGCGAUGGCAUGCUACCUGCAGGCCAUCAACCACAACUCAGCCGGCGCUAGGCUGAUGAUGUCUCGCGUGCUGUGGCUGCUCAGCCUUGACGACGAAAAGUCCACCCUGGGGAGGACCCUAGAGACCUACGGCCGCACCCUGCCAGAGUGGGUCUGGAUCCCCUGGAUCCCCCAGCUGCUCACCUCUCUCACUAGAAGGGAGGCCCACUACGUGACGGCCCUGGUGAAGGCCUUGUCGCAGAUGUAUCCUCAAUCGGUGUACUACACCAUGAGGGCGUUCUUGCUGGAAAGAAGAGAGCAGCCGGACAGAGGGGGGAGCUCGGCGAAUGCCGCGGACAGCAACAAGCUGCCCAAGGCCAUGUCCGUGCGCUUGCCGUCUGGGGGCACGAUGGUGUGUCCCGCGGGCACUCUGAAGAAGCAUGCGCGGCAGCUGCAGGCCGGGGAGAUUCAGGCUCUCCCCCCCCCCGGGGUGGACGGGGCCGGACCCGCGAUGGCUCCGACGGGUGCUGGGGCUGCGGCGAUCGCGGACGAGCUCAUGUCGCAGCUUAGAAGAGCGCACUGCGCGCUGGGGGCGGAAAUGGAAACGAUUCUCGAGGAGAUCAUCGUUCACUUCAGACCUGAGCCUGGAGAGGAGCUGCACUCUGCCGUGCACGCGCUGCUCAUCAAGUGCUUCCAGCUGGUGACGUUGCCGAUGGAUGACGUCAUCCCCGUGACCCUCAAGUCCACCCUGGAAAGGGUUUGCCGCAAGUUCUUCAACAGGGACGCGGCCCACAAGUCUCCCAAGCACCAGCGGUUCGUCGAGCUGUAUCAGGCGACUUUCGAGAAGGACUUCGAGGUCGGUAACGGUAGUGAUGACUUAGAGGACAACGCACCGAACCACUAA